AUGAUGUACACCUGCACGGGUCACCUCAUAAGGAAUCACUUGGCCAAGUCGGUUAGGGCCUUUAAAGGGGAAGGCCCCUUUGCCCAGAAGAACUUAUGGAACGUGUGGGCGCAGAAGUAUAGCAGCGGGGCGUACCCCCAGCUGGGGGGGAGUUACCUUGGAGGGGUUCCCGGCGGGAGGGGUUCCACGAGUAACGUCAUCCGUUCGGGGCACACCUCCCUACUUACACCCCCCCGCAGAGCCCUAACCAGCUGCAGCGCCCCCCGCUGGGGAAAGCAAACCAGCGACGAGAGCUUCUUCGAGGGGGAGCACCUAAACAGAAAGUUGGGAGGCUACGGAUACCCAAUGAUGUUCAUCGUGACGUACGACCGACCCAGUUGGCAACCAUUUUGGGAAAACGAAUACGAGGUAAUCCCAAGAGACGAAUUCGGAGUCCCAGCCAGCAUCCCCCCAGAGGUCUCCACACAGAUUAAGCACACCUACUAUGUGCCUCCCCAGUUUUAUACAUUCCUCAAAAAAUUAGGAGAUGACACAGAGGAGCUAAAGCCAUAUAUGACCAAACUGAUCCGGGGGGAAUUCACCUACGACGAUUACCAAGAGAUGUUUUAUAAAUUCGCCAAGCCGCUCAAAAUCUUUAGGAACAAGAUUGCCCUCCCGUAUAGGACUGCAGAGGAAAUGGCAAGGGAGGAGGAAAUGAAGUGGGAGUCUGCUUGGUACACGUACCGGCAGAAGAUGCUAGCGGAAUACAACGUCACCAUGUGCUUGCGGGAGUUUAUCCUUUACAUGACGGUGGGCCUGUACUUUGCCUAUUUGUGGCUGGACGCGCUGAGGCAGUACCGCCUGGACAUGAAGCUCUUUUACUUGGAGGCCCCCGAGCAUAAGAUCAACUGGGUCAAGCCGCGCGGCGACUUGGUGUAA